AUGGACCCGUUUUCUUCCUGCACUGAUCUCAUCCGCAUAGGCACCUUGCGGAUCUUUCUGUGGAUACUUGGGACCAUUGCUGUGGGCGGGAAUAUCCUCGUACUCCUCCUGAGGAUAUUGACAAAGGAACCAACGACGGCGAACACCACGAUCAUCACAAGCCUCGCCGUGUCCGACCUCCUCAUGGGCGUGUACUUGUACAUCAUCGCGGCAGCGGACACCACAUUCAGGGGGUACUACAUCGAGGUUGACUGGACCUGGUGGGAGGUCAUCGGAUGUAAGAUUGCAGGAGUCCUCUCCGUCUUAUCAAGCGAGGUGUCCGUCUUCACUUUGACUAUCAUAUCAGUGGAUCGUUUCCUGGUUGUGGUGUUCCCGUUCAGCUGGGAGUACUCGGUCGCCAUUUUUUUAGGACUCAACCUCGUUGAAUUCAUGAUCAUCGCUGUACUAUACACUUGGAUGUACGUCAUCAUCAAACGCUCUGCAGAUGUGAUAAAACACAAGACCAGUCGGAAGAAGGGAGAAAACAAGGAACUAGUCGUUGCCCGCAAGAUGGCGCUGAUCAUCCUGACUGACUUUGCUUGCUGGAUGCCCAUCAUAAUUCUAGGUUUGGCUGCGAUCUCCGGGAGAGUCACGAUCCCUGGUGAUGUCUACGCCUGGAUUGCAGUAUUUGUGCUGCCGAUCAACAGCGCUAUGAACCCAAUACUCUACACACUGUCGUCUCUCGAUCUCAUCAAACUGAUAUGUGGAAAGAAAGAACCACAGUUGGAAUACUCUGGAAGCACUAGGACGAAUGUGUCUACCCUUGACGAAGAUGAUGAGGACGGUUCCCCUAAGGUAGUCAACUGUUACCCAGAGGGCAGUCAUCUCCUGCCUUACGUGGUGGAGGAGUCCAAUAUGCUGAACCUCGCCCACGCCAUGAAGACCGAAACGCCCUCACUGCCGCUGCGGGACAUGCGCAGCGUGCUAAAGGAUAUGGCCAAAGCCAUGGCAUCGCUGCAUGAAGGAGGCCUGAUUGCGAGCAGUGUGACUGUAAAUGACGUUGGGAUAAUUGUCAGCAACGGAAAUGAGGUGAUCAGGAGGCUCCAGAUUCAGACCGAGUUGUUUCUCGCCACAACUGAGACAAAGACACUCUAA